AUGGAUAAUACAAUUAUUAAAGGUACUGCCAGUUCAAAUCAAACAUACACUUUCCAAAUUCCAAAAGGUUGUGGAAAGAAUGAAAUUUCAAUUUCAAUGGGUAACCAAAUUACACGUACUGAAUUGAAUUAUGAAUUACCAUGUGAAUUUUGA